GCUUCAACGUUUCUUUGGAAUAAUGUCAAAUACUCUACGUCCAUACCUGACGGCGGUCCGUUCGACUUUGACUGCUGCAUUGUGCUUGGAUAACUUUUCAUCACAAGUAGCGGAGCGUCACAACACACCGGAAGUGGAAUCAGGAAAAUCCAAAGAAGUGUUAAUGAAUCCGCUGGUUAUCAGUCGUAACGAAAACGAAAAAGUUUUAAUUGAACCUUCAGUGAACUCGGUUCGCGUGAGCAUCAAAAUCAAACAAGCAGAUGACCUUGAACGCAUUUUGUGUCACAAAUUCUCUCGUUUCUUAAUGCUGAGAGCUGAUAGCUUCGUCGUUCUUCGUCGUGUGCCAGUGGAGGGAUAUGACAUCUCCUUCCUGAUCACCAACACCCAUACCGAACAAAUGUACAAGCACAAGUUGGUGGACUUUAUUGUGCAUUUCAUGGAGGAAGUCGACAAGGAAAUCUCUGAGAUGAAAUUAAGUGUAAAUACACGCGCUAGAACCGUAGCUGAAAGCUACUUGGCACAGUUUGCCAAAACCUAAUGUUGUAAUAAAUAAGCUUCUAUGAACACAUCCUCAUUGAUUGGCUUUGGGUUUCCUCAUGUGUUCUUUUCUUUAUUUUUGGUGGUGAUGAUAUUUUGUUUCAUUGGCU